GGAAGCUCUGCGUGUAAGAUGUGGUGUUUUCUCAGAGAGCCCGAUUGGAUGCGGUGGGCUGUGUGUGGGGUAUAGUGCGUUCCUCCUUUAUUUGUAGCCCAGCAACUGUCCCAGUGAAUGACCAGCUGAACAAAUCCUAUUAAUGACACCACCAUUGAAUCUGAGGAGCUCCGUGGAGAACAGUCUGCAAUAUUGCUCCAGACAAAGUGGCUGCAGCCCACCUUGGCCCAUUUGUCAAGGUGUUUGUCAGGAUAAAUCUUGGAUUCGGUCGAGAUGUAUGGAUUUUGACACGCAGGAGUCGUCUCUGCGCAAGCGCGCCGGCACGUCUCCUCCUUCUACCUGAGGGGAGCGCACCUUGAUCCACCGAGACGGAAGUUUUGUUAGGGAAGAAAAUCGAGCAAAUCUUUUUGUUUCCACGGAGAGUUCGUUUGGAGUCCGGGGGACAAGUAGAGGAUCUCCGGCCAAAGCAGGAUGCCAUGCGUUGGAUUUUAUAAGAAGAAUUUAAAGGGCUUUUCCAACCUUAAUUUGUAGUUCAGCGACUGAUGUCCAAAGUCAGCCUACUCUCCAUUCAAGAAGAAUGACAGCUCUCCGCAGAGUGCUCCGAAGGCGACUGCACCCAGUUAAACUGGCGAUAGUGGCCCUUCUCUUUGUCACAUUUGUGUUCCUCAUACAAUGGGAAGUGGGGAGCCAAAGCCAACAGGAGGACCCCUGGCUGAAGGAGAUGGCAGUGAAGCGGGACGCCAUGCUGGGCAUGGUGAUGGGAGCUGUCAAUAACUUCAGGGAUGUGAUGCCAAAGAUGCAGAUCAGAGCCCCCGUACGUCAGCAGGACAAAGCAGACAGCGUGUCCUGUCUGCCAGGUCACUACACUGCCACUGAGCUCAGGCCAGCUUUGGAGCGGCCACCUCAGAACCCUCUUGCUCCGGGAGCUGCUGGGAGACCUUUCCAUACAGACUCACUGAGCCCCGAAGAGCAGAAGGAGAAGGAGAGGGGUGAAGAGAAACACUGCUUUAACCUGUAUGCCAGUGACCACAUCUCCUUGAGCAGAGACCUGGGCGCAGACACAAGACCUCCAGAAUGUAUUGAGCAAACCUUCAAGCGAUGCCCCCCCUUGCCGACCACCAGUGUGAUAAUUGUGUUUCACAAUGAGGCUUGGAGCACUCUGCUAAGGACAGUAUACAGUGUCCUCCACACCUCCCCAGCCAUUCUCCUCAAGGAGAUCAUCCUGGUGGACGACGCCAGCGUGGAUGAUGUGUUGAAGGACGAGCUGGAUGAGUAUUUGAAGCAGCUGAGCAUUGUGCGAGUUGUCCGACAGCGAGAGAGGAAAGGACUCAUCACCGCACGGCUGCUUGGUGCCUCUGUGGCCACCGGUGACACGCUCACCUUUCUGGACGCCCACUGUGAGUGCUUUAAUGGAUGGCUGGAGCCUCUGCUGGCAAGGAUAGCAGAGAACUACACUGCAGUAGUCAGUCCUGAUAUAACCACUAUUGAUCUCAAUACCUUUGAGUUUAUGAAGCCUUCCCCAUAUGGCCAGAACCACAACCGGGGCAACUUUGACUGGAGCCUGGCUUUUGGCUGGGAGAGUCUCCCAGAUCAUGAGAGAAAAAGGAGGAAGGAUGAAACAUACCCUAUCAAGACUCCCACAUUUGCUGGUGGGCUCUUCUCCAUCUCAAAAGAAUAUUUCUACCAUAUUGGAAGCUAUGAUGAAGAAAUGGAAAUCUGGGGUGGGGAGAAUAUUGAAAUGUCAUUUAGGGUGUGGCAGUGCGGAGGACAGCUGGAGAUCAUCCCUUGCUCCAUUGUUGGUCAUGUUUUCCGCACAAAAAGCCCCCACACCUUCCCCAAGGGUACACAAGUGAUUGCUCGCAACCAGGUUCGACUGGCCGAGGUGUGGAUGGACGACUACAAGGAGAUCUUCUACCGUCGUAACCAGCAAGCUGCGCAGAUGGCAAAAGAUGGCGCAUUUGGAGAUAUCUCCAAACGCAUGGAACUCCGUACGCGGCUGCAGUGCAACAACUUCUCCUGGUAUUUGAAGAACGUUUAUCCAGAAGUCUUCAUGCCUGAUCUCAACCCACUUCGUUUUGGCUCUGUGAAAAAUGUGGGCAAAGACUCAUGUCUGGAUGCUGGAGAGAACAAUGAGGGUGGGAAACAGCUGAUCAUGUACCCAUGUCAUGGACUCGGAGGAAAUCAGUAUUUUGAGUUCUCCACACAUCAGGAGAUUAGACACAACAUUCAGAAGGAGCUGUGUUUGCACGGGGCAGAGGGGGCUGUGAAGCUAGAGGACUGCCAGUAUAAAGGCAGGAAUACAUUUGUAGGAGCAGAGCAAAAAUGGGAACUUAAGGAUAACCAGUUAUUCUACGUCCCAGGACUGAACAUGUGUCUGAGUGCCCGUCUUGAGCAUCCCUCUCUUGCCGUCUGCAACCCCUCUGACAGAUACCAGCUCUGGUCCUUUGUCUGAGUGUGCAAUCUCACUUUAAAAAAUAGCUACUCUGCAUAGGCAUACUAGGAUCAUGAGUAUACUAUACUGUAUGCAGUUAAUAUGCAAUUUUUUUUUUUUUUUAGAUCAAUGACAUUGAGCUAUAAUUUAUUUUUAUACAUAGAAGAACUGAACUGCUGCUGCUGGAAUGUUUGGAUUUUGGGAGAAAUACAACAGGCCACUGCUGGAAGGAAGCAUUGAAUCAAUGCCCCAAUCAGACUGUGAACUGAGGUUCGUAGAUCAAUGAAUAUGCACUGUGUUGACAAGUGCCUCUUUUGUGUUUGAGAUGUUUUCAGUACUCCAAGUGUUCACAACCAACACCUGAAGUAUUAGGUAUGUAUAGCCAACACUAAAUAUUUUCCACAGAGACUGGUACAUGAAUCUAAAACAAAUUCAUACAAAAAGAACAGUAGAUUUUGUACCUUUUAUAAACAAGAGGUUCAAGUUGGACUCAGAUAAAAAAUCCCAAAUGUUAUGCACCAAAGAGACUGAUUGUGAAAAUCUGAAACACACAAGUAUGGUGUGCGUUGUCCCUUUUUAAAAUUUUUUUUUUUUUUUUUUUUUUAGAAAGCCAACCUUUAUUCGGUACCAUCCAGUGCCUUGGAUGCAAUUUUAUUCUGGGUGGGGAAAAGUGGUUGGGGGAUGGUGGUGGAAUGGGUGGUGGUGUGGUAGAGUGUUCUGUUUAUACAUAAUAUUGGCUUCUACAGUGUUGUGACCAAAAGGGUCUUCUGAUCAGGGUUGAAGUAGAUAUAUUUAAAUUUAAUUAUUUCCUGAGGUCAUGCCCAGAAAACUUUUGCUAUACAAAGAAUCAUGAAGACAGAAGAAUGAUCAACUGAAUGCCUAUUUGGAUCUGUAUGUGAAGUCGAGAGACAGUGACUUGACCCUUAAACACGAAUUAUAUACAGUUAGUCCACACACCAGACUUUGGUGUUCAUUUCAAGCUCUUUUUAUUAACAGCAUGCGUGCAGUCAAGCAUCAUGAGUGAGUGAAGAAAGAUGCAUCAUUCUUCAGAUCUCUUUAUUGUGGCAGUUUUUACCUGUUUUAUUUAAAAAUUUUAUGCCUUGGUGUUUUUAAAAGGGAAGUUUCAGUGUAAAAUUAAUGCACUCAAGGAACUCUAGUUGCUGAUCAAAUGCCUGAAACUCUCCCUCCACAUCUAAGUAGGAGUCCACUAAUGAAUUUCUGGUGCAGGCACUAGUAUUUAGAUGGCUGUGGAAUAUUGUAAAUUACUUUACGUUUUUGACUGGGUGGGGAACAGAUUCAAUUUGAAUGUUUUCCUAAAAUGGAAACUGUUCGGUUCUGUCAGAGUGUUUUGGUAUUAAGAUGUGUAAUUUUGAGCUCAAUAAAUGCAGUUGGGUAGUACUGAGA